AUGAAAAGUAGCUUUUUCAGGGGCUUUUUCAAGAAAACAGUUGAUAGCAUUGUGAAACAGUUGGAGGAACUUUUCGCAGAGGAUGUUGUCAAAGAUGUUAAAACGAUAUUAUUAGUCGGAGAUUUAUCUGAAAAUUGGUUUGUCGUAGAAGCCUUAAAGAAAAAUUUUGAAGAUAAGGAAGUGUUUGUGCCUAAAGAAGGAAGGUUAAGUGCUGUUAAAGGCGCCUAUUUCUUCAGUAAAAUCCCAGAAGUAAUUUCUAGACGUCCCUCGCAAUACACAUAUGGUUUUCAGAGUUGGCCCGAAUUUAUUCCAGGUCAUCAUUUGGAGGGGAAAAAAGUUAAAAUAAAUGGAUCUGUGCGAUGUCGUGACGUUUUCUUGAAAGUCGUCCGGAAAGGCGAAAACGUUAUGCCAGGGUACACAAAAGCCGAAAUUUUGAAAAUUCCUAAUGAUGAGGGGUGCCUGAAGUGUUGCUUGUUUUUUACCGAAAUGGAGAACACAGAUUUUAUCGACGAACCUAGAUGUAAACUUCUAGGGGUACUUCGACUUCCACUAUCAUCCAUAAAUGAUGAAGCUUCAUGUGAAAUACGAUCAUCAUUGCGUUUUGGGGAAACUGAAUUGGAAUUUGAAGUCAUGGAUGUGUCCUCUGGUGUGCAGCAUAAAGCCAUUUUUGAUCUUUAUGAACACUAA